GCCGCGCGCCUGGCUGCCACCAGCCGUCCUCCUCAGCUGACAGCGUCAACUCUGCGCCCAAACUCCAAGCAAGAGGCCCUGUGAAGAGGUGUGAGCCUGGGCCAUCGGAGAGGGACCAUGGAUGAUCGCUCGUCCCUGGGCAGAGUGAGUGGCUCCACUGAAUCCGUCUCCACUGUCACCAGUGAAGAGUUUGUGCUUGUGCCGCCUUCAGCUGGUGGCUCACCGUCCAGUUCAGAGGGCAAGCCAAGGCUCAAGAUGUCCUGGAAUGGGAGUGAACAGCUGCAGAAGGCCAUGGAGGAGGUUUUGGAUGAUGACGUGUCGCAGGACAGCACAAAGCAGGAUGAACAUGCAGAAGACCCUCCAACACCAGUUGCGUCAGCCUCACAGAAGAAACCCCCCAAUCUGGCCCUUGACCCUACAGAUGGCAGUGUAGGUUCAACAGACAGCUCUGGCCCAGAGGAGGACAGUGUGCAGUUCAGCAAGCUGUCCUACCUGGGCUGCACUUGGGUGAAGGCUCCACGCAGUGAGUCAGAGGCCCAGAAAGCCAUGGCCACCAUGAGAGCCGAGAGCGCCAUCCCCAUCCCAGUCAUCCUCCAUGUGCCCAACGUGACUGAGGGCUGUGUGAGGAUUGUGGACCAGGCGUCGGGCACAGAGAUUGCGUCCUUCCCCAUCUACAAGGUGCUGUUCUGCGCCCGGGGGAAAGACGGCACCCUGGAGGCCGACUGCUUCUCCUUCACAGAGAGCUACCGUAGCUCUGAGGACUUCCAGAUUCACAUCUUCUCCUGCCACAUCAAGGAGGCGGUGAGCCGCAUCCUCUACAGUUUCUCCACGGCCUUCAAGCGUUCUUCCAAAGCGGUGUCAGACGUGAGGGACUCUGCUCUGCCCAUGUCACCAGAUGGAGACGUCUACACCUUCACCGUCUCCAUGGAAGUGCGGGAGGACGAUGGAAAAGGAAACUUUAGCCCAGUGCCAAAGGACCGGGAUAAAUACUACUUCAAACUGAGGCAGAGCUUGCAGAAGAAAGUGGUGGUCACUGUCCAACAGAUGAAUAAUAAGGAAUUGGUGAUUGAGAGGUGUUUUGGCAUGCUAUUAAGCCCAGGACAGAAGGUGCGAAACAAUGACAUGCAUCUCUUGGACAUGGAGUCUAUGGGGAAGAGUGCUGAUGGAAAAGCCUAUGUGAUCGCAGGCACGUGGGACCCCAACAACCCUGCUUUCCAGGCGCUCAACGAAGACACUCCCAAGGACAAACAAGUCUUCAUGACGGUUGCCGUGGACCUGGUGGUGACUGAGGUGGUGGAGCCUGUGCGCUUCCUAAUGGAGGCCCUGGUGCGCGUCUAUCCGUCCAAUGAGCGCUUUUGGUAUUUCAGCCGCAAGACCUUCACUGAGACCUUUUACCUCAAGCUUAAGCAGGGUGGAGCCAGGGGCAGCCAGGGAGAUGCCAUGUUUGAGGUGGUGAGCCUGCAGCGGCACUCUGAGAGGACCAAUGGUGGACGGGGACGACUGCAGUCCCCCACUGAAGAAGAAGAGCCAGAAGAAGAGAGUGACAGUGAGAUCUCCAGUGGCACUGGUGAUGUUUCCAAAGAUUGCCCUGAGAAGAUUCUGGAAUCUUGGGGCAGUAUUCUCAACAGAUGGCACAGCAACCUGUGUGUGCGGCCAAAGGGUCUGUCUGCUCUGGUGAGGCCCGGUGUCCCAGAGGCCCUGAGAGCUGAGGUCUGGCAGUUACUCUCUGGAUGCCAGAGCGACCAAGACCUUCUCGAACGCUACCGCAUCCUCAUCACAAAGGAUUCAGCACAGGAUGGAGUCAUCACACGAGACAUCCACCGCACUUUUCCAGCACACGACUACUUUAAGGACUCCAAUGGCGAUGGACAGGACUCCCUCUACAAGAUCUGCAAGGCCUAUUCUGUGUAUGAUGAGGAGAUUGGCUACUGCCAGGGACAGUCCUUUCUGGCAGCUGUGCUACUACUUCAUAUGCCAGAGGAGCAGGCCUUCUGUGUGCUGGUGAAGAUCAUGUACGAGUAUGGCCUCAGGGCUCUUUACAAAAACAACUUUGAAGAGCUGCACUGCAAGUUCUACCAACUGGAGCGACUGCUGCAAGAACAACUGCCCGAGUUGUGGUCCCACUUCCAGGAGAUGAACUUGGAGGCCCACAUGUAUGCCUCCCAGUGGUUCCUGACUCUCUUCACUGCCAAGUUCCCGCUCUGCAUGGUCUUCCACAUCACCGACCUCCUGCUCUGCGAGGGCUUGAACAUCAUCUUCAAUGUGGCUCUGGCACUCCUGAAGACCUCAAAGGAGGACCUGCUGCAGGCAGAUUUCGAGGGUGCCCUGAAGUUUUUCCGGGUGCAGCUCCCCAAGCGCUACCGUGCCGCAGAGAACGCCCGUCGCCUCAUGGAACAGGCCUGCAACAUCAAGGUGCCGACUAAGAAGCUGAAGAAGUUCGAGAAGGAGUACCAGUCUCUGCGCGAGAGUCAGCUUACACAGGAGGACCCCAUCGACAGGUAUCAGAGAGAGAACCGGCGGCUGCAGGAGGCCAGCAUGCGUCUGGAACAGGAGAACGAUGACCUUGCCCACGAGCUGGUCACCAGCAAGAUCGCCCUGAGGAACGACCUUGACCAGGCAGAGGACAAGGCGGAUGCUCUGAACAAGGAGCUUCUUAACACCAAACAGCGUCUGGUGGAGACGGAGGAGGAGAAGAGGAGGCAGGAGGAGGAGACGGCGCAGCUGAAGGAGGUCUUUAGGAGGGAACUGGAGAAAGCCGAAUCGGAGAUUAAGAAAACCACCGCCAUCAUUGCUGAAUAUAAGCAGAUAUGCUCUCAGCUCAGCACAAGACUGGAGAAGCAGCAGGCUGCCACAAAAGAGGAGCUGGAUAUUGUAAAGAGCAAGAUAAUGUCGUGCGAGCGCUGUCGAGAAGUCUUCAGUAAGGACGGCGCUCUGCAGAUCCCGGCUGCUGCGGCAGGCGAGAGGCGUCUCUCGGAGCAGGACGAGGAGAAGGACUCUCUUAACACCCAGCUCAGGGAACUAGAGCUGGAGCUGGCACAGACCAAACUGCAGCUGGUGGAGGCCAAGUGCAAGAUCCAGGAGCUGGAGCAUCAGAGAGGAGUCCUGAUGACUGAGGUUCAGGCAGCCAAGAAUUCCUGGUUCAGCAAAACCCUGGGCUCCCUCAAGACCUCCUCCUCGUCCCCCUCCUCAUCUUCCAGCAGCCAGCAGCAGACCCCUCCGUCCCCCAAAGAGGGCUAACGGGGUGGCGGGGUGGGAAGGGGUUAUUACUUUGCCAUGCCCAGGAAGGGAACUGCUCCUAGAGAGGCGGCUUUGGAGGUAGUAUGGGGGACGCACAGAAGAUUCUCACCAACUUCACAUCCAUCACCACCAACUACUUCCACUACCACCACCACCAACACCACCCCUGAAAUGCCUAUUGACUAUUUGGAGGAUGAGUGCUUCUCAUACAGGGCUGUGUUCCAGUUAUCGGUGUGGACUAACCCCCUCCAGUGGUGCCACACCCAAAUGGCAGCAUGUCAAGUCCAGUUGUGAGUACAGGCACUCUGGGAGGACGUGUGGGAGUGAGUGGGGUCAGCAUUGGAGGAAGUGCAUUAAAUGCCAGAAUGCUCUUGUGUUCAUCACGUUUAAUAUUUAAUUUUCCCGGCCUGGUCUCUGUCUCUCCGUCUGUCUCUCCGUCUCUCUCUCUGUCUCUCUCUCUCUCUCUCUCUCUCUCUCUCUCUCUCUCUCUCUCUCUCUCUCUCUCUCUGAGUGCCUGUGUCAAGAAAAAGCCAUUGUAGCUACAGCAGUUAAUGUCGUCAUGGUGUGACAGACGUGAAAGAGCUGAAAUGACCUGAGCAGCUCGACACUGUAAGCAGCUACAGGCUUGGAGCAGUAGAGAGACCUUGUUGCUGUGAACACACAGCUCAGCAGGGCCAUCUAGUGGACACAACAUUACUCACAAGCAAGGCGCUAGGGCUUGGGCCAGAGUAGUUACACUGUAUCAACAUAGAAGCCAAUGAGAUGCCGGACAGGCCUCUUCAAUUCCACUGGGGGAUAGCAGAGGAUGUGCACUGGCUCCUCCGGCACAGCCUUGGCUAGUUUGCCAGAUUUUGAAGCAAACAAACACUGGUAACCUCCAGCUCUGUUUGACCAACCCCUGCACUACUUUUAAAUGAUGCUAGAUAUGCGAACACUGCUUUUCAGAGUAUCUUUUUCUGUGUAAGGAACUCUAUGGUAAAUGUAAUUAUAACAAGCAAUUUCAGUUCAGCCCUUUCCAGUAGAAGCUUUAAUGUGUAGAGCACAGUCAUCUCAGCUGAGCUUUCUGGAAGGGGGUGCUGCUUUUGACAACAUUAAAAGUUCUUUUGUGUUUUCUAUAUAGGUAUAAUAAAGGAUACUCGUCAUAUAAAUGUGUUUAAAUAAAUGUCAAACUUUUUUUAAUCUUGUACAGUUAAAAAUGGAAGUGCUUUUGUUAUUUUUUACAAUUUUGGAGUUGAAUAUCCUCUCUCCACAUGUCGUUUGCCCAAAAAAAAGCACAGUGUGUCAUGUUCAGUCCAGAUUCCGAAUCUGAACGUGCCAAGUGACAUUCCGAAAAUGCUGUGUCAUAAUUCAGGCUGAAAUCUUUCCGUUCCUCAUCUCCAAGUUGUCUGAACAGUUUGAUAGUUUGUGCAUUCGCUUAUUUGUUUAAAUCACAGGUCAACCUGGUGUGCAAGACUAACAUAAUGUUUCACCUUUUAGUAUUGUCUUAAAAACUGUCAUUGGAGUGUGUAAGGUUAGGGUAUCCAGAACUAUACCCAGACCAGUUUUCUACUGAUUCUGUGUUGUCCAGGCUUUCAAAAUGAUUCACAGCCGAUGUAGAGGACUGAUGAGUCUCCAUAGAUCUAGAACACUAGAUGUUGUAUCCAUCUUUUUGUCAUGGCCAGCCUUCAUAUUCCUAUGUCCUUCACACUUUUGGCAAAGAUGUUUUUCCGAUAAUCUUUGUAUGACCUUGUCACCAAUUGAUGUUCACUCAAGCAGACUUACCCCUGUACAAAGAUGGCAGCCAUCAAAUUGAGACAUUUGUUCCAAUAGAUGGGAGUAGUCAACAUCUAGUAUUCUAUGUCUAUGGUGAGUCUCCACACAGGGGCAAGUUGCCCAGCCAGGAAACCCAUGCAGACUGUCGCCAUGUAAAAUUUAGUCUGAAUGGUUCAGAAUCCUCAAGAUGGGCAGCCAUGAUGUGCACUUGUUUCCAGUCAGUGGUCUGCAACUAUUGCAGGCAUUUGGCAGAAUGAUACAAGUGCAUUUGGUGUACAAACAAACGUUUUUAAACUACUAUUUUAUCAUAACUGCAUGGGCUUGUGUACACUAACAUCACCUCAGUGUUGUGAACACAAUUUUAUCAUUCAUUUAUACUGUUGUCUAAAAAAUAGAAGAACAUUGUACUUAACCAAAAAAAAAAAAAGAUAACAAUCUUUUCAAUGUUAAAGUAUGUUUCACCUGGAGGGGUUCUGUGAAGUGGUAUGCAGUCAUUAUGAUGGAGAGGUAUAACAAUAUUCACUCAGAAUGGUGGUGUGCUACAUGUGCCUGUGGGCAGUUAAGUGUGGGGUUGCAUAUCUGCUUCUCUGCUGCCAUGUAGGAAUGGCAAAGACUGUCUAGUGAUCUCUGUGCAUUACUCAUGUUAAUUUUGAUGUUUUUUUCUGUACAAUAAUGACCUGACAAAUUAAUAAACCUCUCUGUUCUCGGA